UUCCCUCUUGCUAUAAACCUAGUCGCCGUCGUCCUCCAUUUCUCAAGUUCGCUCGCCCUUUCUUUUUCCCUCCCUCCAAAACAAAGCAAUAAAAAAGUUUCUCACGCUCUUUCUCUUCCGCUGUUCUGAAGAGAAAAUCGGAAGUGUUACGGUUCAGGUUCAGAUGCAAAACGACAAUUUUACAACCGUCUAUGGCGACCUCGGAGGCAAUCUGCCGAAAGAUCACCAGAGCGGUGGAGUUUACUCUUCCUCCACCACAACCUCAUCCUCCACUUCCGUCGCCUCCGCGUUCUCGCUCUACAAUCCCCGCAUCCUCAUGCAACAACAUCAAGAUAUGAUCAACCGCCACAACCUCUGCCUCACUCGUCUCCGUGAAGCUGCAAAGGAAGCCGAGGCACUCCGUCAAGAGAAUUCCUCGCUUCGAUCUGUUAACCGAGACCUCAACAAGCAACUCAGCGUGCUGAUCCAAGCCUCUGUUCAGAAUCAUUUAUCGUCGUCUGAUUACGACACCUCGCCGUUUGAGUUGGCGAACGCGUUGCAAGGACUUUGUCUGGGUAGUGACGCUGUAGAAGAGGCGGAUAUUUCUGAUGAGAGUCCAACAAGCGUGAUGGAAGGUGCGGUGGACGUGGAGCGGGUUAUGUUGCCUAAGAGCAUUUCCGUUAGGUCUAAUGGAUAUCUGAAGAUGAUGAACCAAGCUGGGGCGAGUCAUCGUGGUAAAACUCGUGUACCUACUCGGACUGGAAAUGCCUCUCAACUCAGUGGAGCGAUGAAUGUGCAGCAGAAGGUGUACGUUCAGGGAGGGAAGGAGGAGGAAGAGCCGCUUGAGUUGGAGGUCUACAACCAAGGCAUGCUCAAGACUGAACUCUGCAACAAAUGGCAAGAGACGGGUGCCUGUCCUUAUGGUAAUCACUGCCAAUUCGCUCACGGCAUCAAAGAGCUGCGCCCCGUAAUCCGCCACCCUCGCUACAAGACUGAGGUUUGCAGGAUGGUCCUAGCUGGUGAUGUCUGUCCCUACGGGCAUCGAUGCCAUUUCCGCCAUGCACUUACAGAGCAGGAGAAGUUCAUGGACCACCUCAAGCCCAGGACCAGGUAAAUCAUGGGUGAUCAUCGUAUAACAGGGUUGCUUGUUGUAGAGGUCAAUCAAUGUCCAUAGUAUAAUCCUGAACACCCCCUAAAAAUUGGCUAAAAGUAUUAUAUAACGUAGGAAGUUUACAGGUAUGGUGGGCGUAUAUACGAUUGGAAUAUUAGUCAUAAAAAAAAAGAAAAUAAUAAUAAUAGAAAAGAAACGAAGUUAGUAGUUGGAGAUUGGGAGAGGCUUUGUGGUCCUGGAAGGUGGGAGAUUUGUUGCGGUUAUUAGAGGUAUUCGUUUUUUUCUCUCUCUUUAAUAUCAUUGUUUCUUCAAGAAUGCCAUUAAAGGUCCUUACUUGGGAUGUUUGGUGUGCUUAAACCAAUCCAACGUGGAACAAAAAGUAAAGAAAAAACAUUAAUAGU